AUUCCUUUGACACCAGCUUUCUUUUUAGCCAAACUGCAUCACCAUGGCAGUCCCAAUUCAUCAGGGUCAAAAGCUGUGUUGGUUUUACCAAUUCAAGCAUAUGACCAUGUGAGAAGUAAAAGUGCGUGAAAUGCAAUGUCGAUAGUCUUAGGUAGACUGGCUGUUUGUAGUCGUGAUGCUGUGCAGAUGAUUUCAGCACCACUGUCGUGGGAACAGCUCCACACUAUUUUACAUGCUAGUUCUGAAGUGCGUGCAUGUGACCAAUAGAAUGUACGUUGGGGUUCAAGGCGUUUUUUCAGUUUAUUGAUCGCGUAUCUGUAGGUCAUAUAGGCUACGCUUGAAGCUUUUCAGAAGGCAUAGGAGCCUCCAAUGUAGACUCAAGUGAUGAAUGUGGAACACAGAUGUGCAUCCACUGUGGGUGUGUGUGGACAGAGUACAGCUUUCGCAUUGUGUGAUACGUCAUUGCGAUCUAUGAGAAUUCUCUCUACUCCCCAUAUCGCCACUCAAGCCGGUCCUCGAUUCUUGAAACGGCUUCGACUAGACAGUUUCACCAGGUAAAUCUAAUGGGACAGUCGAGGCCUUUGAUUCCAUUUGCCUCGUCGCGCUGAGGUUGGAGAGGACAUAUUACUACCCUGAAGUGAAAAUCAAAGCCCAACGAAAUGACAAACAAGGAGUCCGAGGAUGUGGGUCUCUCCAUACCACUGUGCAUCUACAACGGAGCUUCCCAAACCAACGGCACCUGCAUGGACCAAAUGGGACGCUUCUUCCAACCGUUCUCCUCGACCUUUGCGCUCAUGGUGCUGGUGGCAAUGAUCAUUGGGAUAAUAUUGGUUUCCCUGGCAGCAUUUCACUUUAACAAGAGGAGGAUGAAGAAGAGGAAGAUCCAGCGUGCCCAGGAGGAAUACGAGCGUGACAACCGCAGCCCGUCCACCAAGGCGAAGAGAGAGCCGGCGAGACCAUGCAUUAUUGUCCGACCAUCGCCUCGAGAUGGCGAACACCGGCCACACUCCGCUGUCCAAAAUACCAGUUGUCACAUUCAGGAAGACCCCGGUACCUUACCCAUUGCAAAUAAUGCGUCAGAAUUGGAUAUGGCACACAUUGAGCAAGGAGAUGGACAAGUGCUGGAAACGGUCGUCUUGUCUUGAUAACUCUGCAAUUGAAAGUGUUGGGACUUUGUAAAUAGACAAUAUAUCCACGUUAUAGUUCAGGUGUAACUGACAAAGAAACAACAUCAAUUUGGGAUUAACUGGGAAAAGCAAUAUGGCACAAAAACAAACACUACGACCUCAAGGAACUAUGUUUGCCAUUUUCAUCAUAAAUCACACCGAGUGGAUUGAUAUGUGCCACGUUUGUAAAUCGUGUAUAAAAGUAAAAUCCGUCAGUAUAUUGGAAUACAUUUGUGGAAUAAUUUCAGCAAAGGACCAUUUGGUAAAGUAUUGUAAAUUGAAGACAGGCUACUAGAAAGAGCGCUUUCGGUGGUGCUGAAAUGACAGGCCCACUAGAAAGAGCGCUAUCCAUGGUGCUGAAAUGUAGAUACGUUCAUGUGCCGCUAGCACAAUUUCGUUGUGUAGAUGUAAAUUGCUAGUUGUCCAAGUAUUUAUUUCUGCGACUAUUUCUACUACUGGACUUGCAAAUGGUAGAAUUUGAUUUUUACCUAAAGAAAUAUUGCCCAAAAAAUUCACUCAAACCUCUUAAAACCAGUGCCACAUAACAAGCUUCACUUUAUAAAUCAUUCAGUUGCUAUAUUGUCAGGCUUGAAAUGGGUGACAUAGCACAUUUUAUGUAAUAUCCUCUGGCGACCAUGCAUUCCUCUUAGUAUCAAUCCAUUUGAUUUGAUUUGUACAACACUUUCAAACGAAGAGCAAGUAGAUGUAGGAAGAAACCUUAAAAUGAACCAGACUCUCUGAUGAGGAUGUGCUAUAUGGCACCCUUUCACAACGUUUUGUAGGAGCUAUCAAAUAAAGCUUUUAUGUCAUGUUUGACAAAGUCUCAUAAACCUACUUCAGGCUUUUGGCUUUAAAAGUGUGGCAAGAGGCUUAAGUUGCCAUGUGUUGCGGUUAGGCAGUGCAGACUGUAUUUAGAAAUGGCCUCAAACAAUUAUUUUCAGAGAUGCAUAGUUUAAUUUAAAUGAUGCAUUUUUAUUGGUUGUUGAUAUAAAGGACAUCAAUAUUUUCUUAAAUGUCUUUAAGAUGACUGUAGGUUCUAGCUUGUGUGACUUCUUGUAGGGCACAAUGCGUUUGGUUUGUAAUAAUGCACUAUUCGAGAUUUAAUUUACUUUCAUGUGCCAGAUAGCUGUGAGUCCUAAUAGCCUAUAGCAGUUUCAGUAUUUAUAAUGUACCCUCUGAAAUGUAAUAAAUGGGGAAUCAUAAAUAUUUUUUUGCUUUUUUUCUUUGUCAUGCAUGUGACAUUGUAUGUCUCAUUUUCUACCUUGAACCACGUUAUGUCAAAAAUAAUAUUUGUGUAACAAAAAAUGUCCAGGUGAACAAAAAGGAGAGCAGUCAUUGAUAAUAUCAAUCAAAGAUCAAUAGAGUUUAAUACAAUAAUUCAGGGAGACGCCUCCAGAACGGAAGCAUAGAAAAUGUCUAACAGGUCUCUUGGAGACAGGACCUUUCUAAUCAGACCGUAGGCUACCAAAUGUUAUCUACACAUCAGCGCGAGACGCUUGUAUAAAGUCAGUCAAAACCAAAGACAGUGGCCUUGUCCGAAAUCUGGCUUGCCUAGGCUACUACUUACUAAAAAGGAAUAUUAUGUACUGGAGGAGCUAUAGGAGCACGGGCUCAUUGCAA